GCGGCAAUCCGUGAAUUACAAAAACCAACCGGGCGAUCCGUGACUCGCAAAAUGACUCAUGCGAGGUUGCUGGCGCUUCUUGAUCAAGAAGAACAGCAACUCCUGAAAAUCGCAGAUGACUCAUGUAUGGCUAUCAAGGAAAAUAUCCAAGAGGCGGUGAUGCGUAUGCAUCAGAUGAUAUGGGAUAUGAAGAUGCGGAGCAGCACCCCCAACCAUGCCAUGUCGAUAGAUGAAGUUGGCAGCACCUCACAGCCGAACGAGGUGAAUGCUUGCGCGGAAGCUCGACAGAGGUUUUCGCCAACGUCUCCGAUGUCGCCAAUGUCUUCGGGUGAUAACUCCAUUGAGUCAGAUGCCUCAGGUGAUUCAGGCUUAGCUCGGCAGACCUCCUUUCAGCGUCACACAACUCCAGCCCCACCCGCAGAAGCUCUGCCCCGAGCUCAUGGUGAUGAUGGGGAGCCAAUGCGGUUGAGUUCACUUGGCCUGGACUCCCUUUCUGUGGUGAAUGGCGAUUUUGACAGCGAGGUGGCUGAAGUCCUGGCGACCCACCAGACACAAAGCACGAAAAUGGGCAAGAAGGUGGACAAGUUUCUGGUUCGCACCGAGAACAAUCCAAACCAGAAGGACCUUUGGAAGAUGCGGGUUCAGACGGGCAUGGACUAUGUGGCUGGAGGCCUGGUGCUCCUCAACUCCAUUGUGAUGAUGCUGGAGUUGGAGUUUGAAGGGCGUGCCGCUGGAGUCUUUGUUGGCCAUCAAAGUAACUUUGACGUCGUCUACACAGAGGAGUUAUUUCUCGCGCUGGAUCGCAUUUUUGUAAUCCUCUUCCUGCUCGAAUGGUGUGUGCGGUUGUCUGUGGAGAAAAGAAGCUUCUUUCGAGAUGUUGCCAAUAUGUUUGACACCUUCUUGGUUGUGGCUGGGCUCGUGGACCUCGUUGUCAGUUUGCUGGCAAGCGAUGAUCAAGGCGCGUCGAGAAGCAUCGUAGUGCUGAGACUGAUGCGGGCACUUAAGUCCCUACGAGCGAUUCGAAUGGUCCGAAGCCUUCGGUUCUUUCAGGGCCUACGGGUCUUGGUCAAGGCUUGCCAAUGUUUUUUGCCUUCACUUUGCUGGGCUAUGGUUCUGCUUGGCAUUUUCAUGUCCAUGGGCGCUCUUUUGUUGGGCAAUUUGCUGCAGGACUUUGUGAAGGAUGAGAGCAUGGACCCCCUGGAUCGGGAGUGGAUUUGGAUGCGAUACGGGACCUCGCUUCAAGCCACUUACACGCUCUUUGAGAUUACAUUUGCAGGUAGUUGGCCUUUGCAUGCAAGGCCAGUACUGGAGAAGGCGAGUUCCUACUUUGUGCUCUUUUUUGUACCGUACAUCGUCAUUGUGGUGUUUGCUAUAAUACGUGUCAUCGGCGCCGUCUUCUUGAAGGACACCUUGGAUGCAGCUCAAAACGAUGCGGAACAACUGGUCAUUGAUCGUUUGCGAUUGAAGGAGCAGUAUGUCAACAAGUUAGAGGGCAUUUUCAGGGCGAUAGAUGACUCGGGCAAUGGUCUCAUUUCCGAAGAACGAUUGUCGUAUAUUCUAUCGAAUCCGAAAGUAGCGGCUUACUUCCAAACAUUGGAUUUGGAUGUGCAUGAAGGCGCAGCUUUGUUUCAUCUUUUGGACAACGGAGAUGGUGAGGUAACCCUGGACGAGUUCAUAGAUGGAAUAAUGCGAUGCAAAGGGCCUGCUCGUGCAAUUGAUCAAGUGGCAAUGCACGCAGAAAUUAAGAACUUAGACACAAAAGUCACAAAGCUCUUCAAGAAACUGAUGAAAGUGUCCAAGGCUUCUGUGGAGGUGAAGCAACGGAAUAUGAGCAAAUCAGUAACAGCGAUGAAAGUGUUUCGUGGUGAGACUGCAUCCGCCUCGUUUGGGGGUUUGCCUUCUCCCACUCGAUGAGGACGGACGUCAGAGAGCGUCAGGAUCCAAUCGGAAUUCCUGGGAAAGGCUGUUUGGAGUCCUGUCGAGGCACACAGCUGGACAAGAGGAUUUGGGACCGUUGACCAUUGUGUUUGGGGUUCCGGAAGGACAUCGGUUGAUUCUGUUAUAUAAGUGCAAGAUCGAUAUGAUCAGAUACCAACAUGAGUGCUCAACUGUCUUUGUCUAAGUUUGGUCCUUCUUCAUGGUUUUAAGAGAUGAGACCAGCUUGUGAUGUCCGACCCACAAAUGUGAAGCCAAGAAUGUGAAACCGGAUGCUCCGGCGUUCCAGGUUUUCCCGAUAGCUGCUUUGUUUUCCUGCCUCGUGCGAGCUUUCGACAAACUUUCAGUCCUGAUGGUUAUCCUUUUUCUAUGCGGAGCAGUUGAUCAGUGCCACCCACCCGUUGGAACGACGCAGUGUCACUGGCACUGAAGUUGGAGUGAACAUAGAAUCCCUGGCUUGCGCUCAGAGCGCCGUUGUUUUCAUGUAAAGUUGCUUUGCUGAGGUAUCUUGAUGUUCCUGGACAAUCCUGUUGAACAAGCGACGAUUUGUUGUAGCGAUGUGCCAUUGAAGCCGCAUAUGUAUAGACAUAUGUAACCAUGUUUACCUUAGAGGAGCCUGCGCGGGAUGCCUCCAUGGCACCAGUGCGCAUGAAAUCAAGCCUGGGUGCUUGAUUCGCAGAAGACGCAUGAGCCUCUGAGCAAGAUGUACGUGUGUUGCCAGCUGACAGUGGCCAGGGGCUUUGCCCGUGGUUGUCAGACUAUUUUGGAGAGCCGACUCGCUUAAGGCGGUUGGAG